AUGCAUGUCAAGCAAGUACCGCCAUACCGCGUUGGCCCCUCCGCAGUCGGAAGAGGUGCAUCAUUCUGGACAGGGGCAUCUGGUGCUACCAUGACCGUGCUUGACCCGGCGUACCCUCCAGCCCGCCAACAGAGCUACAUCGACGAGUCGCUCCAGCUCAAGGCCGAGGUGCCCGAGCUCCGCCUUCGUGACGAUGGCUAUCUUUUUGGAGGAGAAAUUGACGGCCAGGAUGUCUUCCAGAGCGCAAGGCAGAAGGCGUCGUCACCACCCGACGUUCUCGUGGGGCCAGACUCGAACCCCACACUGUCUUUCACGUCAGGGAGUGAAGGGCGGCCCAAGGGUGUACUCGGUCGGCUUUACAGUCUGACAAGGUACUACGGCUGGAUGGCAGAGCGUUUCAACCUGUCUUCUGAGAGCAGAUUCACCAUGCUCUCUGGAAUUGCUCACGACCCUAUCCAGAGAGAUAUCUUCACGCCACUCUUCCUUGGAGCACAAUUGCUUGUCCCAGCCAAGGAGGAUAUUCAGCACGAGAAGUUGGCAGAAUGGAUGAGCGAGCACAAGCCAACAGUGAGCCAUCUGACCCCAGCUAUGGGUCAGAUCCUGGUCGGCGGUGCCACGGCCCAAUUCCCUAGUCUCCAGAACGUCUUCUUCGUCGGCGAUGUUCUGACAACGAGAGACUGCCGAGUGCUGAGGCGACUCGCCGUCAACGCAAACAUCAUUAACAUGUACGGAACGACCGAGACGCAGCGAGCAGUCAGCUACUACGAGAUCCCAAGCGCCUCCAAGGACCCUGAUUACCUGAACAAGCUCAAGGACACCGUUCCUGCCGGAAAGGGAAUGCAGAAUGUCCAGCUCCUGGUGGUCAGCCGAGAGGAUAAGACCAAGAUGUGCAAGGCUGGCGAAGUUGGCGAGGUCUACUGCCGCGCUGCAGGUCUGGCCAAGGGCUACCUCGGGGACGAGGCGAAAAAUGCUGAGAAGUUCCUCAACAACUGGUUCGUUGACAACCAGAAGUGGGUAGAGCUCGACGCAAAGAACAGCAAGGAUGAGCCAUGGCGGAAGUACUACAAGGGCCCUCGGGACAGGCUCUACAGGACCGGCGAUCUCGGACGAUACCUGGAAACUGGAGACGUCGAGUGCACGGGACGCGCUGAUGACCAGGUCAAGAUUCGCGGUUUCCGGAUCGAACUGAACGACAUCGACAGCAACUUGAGCCAGCACCAAUUGAUUCGUGACUGCAAGACGCUGGUGCGGAGGGAUCGAAACGAAGAGCCCACGUUGGUGAGCUACAUCGUUCCCGAGGCGAAGGAGUGGCAGCGCUGGCUCUCUUCUUUCAACUACGAGGAUGUCGAAGACGAGGGUGUCGAGAUGGGCACAGUGAGGGUCUAUCUGAAGAAGUACAGGCGGAUGCAAACCGAAAUGCGAGACCAUCUCAAGUCUCGCCUGCCCGUCUAUGCUGUGCCGACCAUCUAUAUUGUGCUCAACAAGUUGCCUCUGAACCCGAAUGGAAAGGUCGACAAGCCCAACCUGCCUUUCCCUGAUGUGUCUGAGCGUACCGAGGAAGCAUCAGAGGAGGACCUGAAGAACUGGGAGUCCCUGACCGAGACAGAACGUGCUGUUGCCCAGAAAUGGGCAGAGCUCGUCCGCGGUCUGAACCCGAAGACCAUCCGACAGGAUCAAAGCUUCUUUGACCUCGGUGGACACAGUCUGCUGGCUCAGCAGCUUCUCCUCAUGACGCGCAAGGAACUUGGUGUUGAUAUCUCCAUCAACCUGCUCUACGAAUUCCCGACCCUGAGCGCCUUCAGCGGCCAGAUCGAGAAGGUGAAGGGAGGCGCAAGCGUGGAUGUCGAGGAGGGCGACCCGGAGUACGCCAAAUCCUAUGACGAGCUUGUUGAGAUCCUGGCCGAUAAGUAUCAGGCGGCAGACGCUGGAGAAGCCGACAACUUGACGGUCUUCCUCACAGGAGCCACUGGAUUCCUGGGCGCCUAUCUCAUCAACGAGAUUCUUGGGCGGGCGAAGCCCAACAUUAAGCUGAUCGCACAUGUGCGAGGUGCCAAAAACCCUGCUGCAGCACUGGAGCGGCUACAGCGUUCGCUCCGCGGAAACGGGGUGUGGAGGGACGAGUGGAGCUCAAGACUGAGCUGUGUCGUGGGAGAUCUGUCCCAGCCACAACUCGGCAUUGACAUCCUCACAUGGAAGAGGCUGAGCAAGGAAGUGGACGUGGUUAUACACAACGGUGCUUCAGUGCACUGGGUCAAGCGGUAUCACGAGAUGAUGCCACCGAAUGUUCUCUCGACCAUUGACGCCAUGAGGCUCUGCAACGAGGGCAAGCCCAAGAGGUUCGCAUUCGUAAGCUCGACGGCCGUGCUGGACUCGGACCAUUACAUCAAGCUCUCUGAAGACUUGACCAGAACGGGGCAAGGCUCGAUCACGGAAGAGGACGACAUGCUAGGCAGCCGGACGGGCCUCGGCACGGGCUACGGCCAAACUAAAUGGGUGUCCGAGCAGCUGAUCCGCGAGGCGGGCAAGCGCGGACUACAGGGCACCAUCAUCCGACCAGGCUACAUCCUGGGGCUGCCGUGUAUCAUCAACACGGUCAACGCCGUGCCGGUCAAGCACGUGGCGCGGGUGGUGGCCGCGGGCGCGCUGAGCCCGAUCGCCGGCGGGGUGCACGUGGCGCAGGUGACGGCGCACCCGCGGCUGCGGAUGAACGAGUACCUGUCGAUCCUGGAGUUCUACGGGUACAAGACGCCCGAGGUGUCGUACGACGCGUGGAAGGACGACCUGGAGCGGUUCGUGUCGGCGGGGCCGAUCGAGAAGGACCAGGAGCAGCACGCGCUGAUGCCGCUGUUCCACUUCUGCAUGAACGACCUGCCGGCCAACACGAGGGCGCCGGAGCUGGACGACCGCAACGCCGUCGCGGUGCUCAAGGCCGACGCGGACCGGUACACUGGCGUGGGCGAGAGCAUGGGCUACGGCGUGUCGAGGGAGGACGUCGGGCGGUACCUGAGGUAUCUCGCCGAGACCAAGUACAUCGGCCUGCCGUCCGAGAGGGGCCGGCCGCUGCCUGAGAUCAAGGCGGACAUUGCGAGCGCGAAGGCUGCUGGCGGGCGUGGCGGCGCGUGA